UAAUUACAAUUUUAUUAAAAACACAAGAGAUGUCAAAAUUGUGUAUGUCUGCGGGAUGGCAUGUGCUGGAACAAUUUUGAACAAUAGACACAACAUCGCACUUUUUAAAAAACGAAAGAAAAUGGCCUCUGGCUACCAAUUGCGUAGCCUGACUGCAGUUGCAGAGCAUUUGGAUCGCAGAAAAAGAAAUUGGACACAUGAUCGACCGUCAGCUGACGAGACAGAUUACGAGGAAGAGCUAACUGAUACGGAAUCGGAGGAGGACGCUGAUGAUCCAGCAUUUGAACCAAGUUCUGCUGCUGGUUGCAUUUAUUUGGUUGCUGGACAGAAAGACAAAAACUGUUUGUGAACGGUGUAAGCAGGCAGUUUGUGAGAAGCACAGGGCUGUCCUGUGUUCUAAUUGA